GGCGCGCGAACGUGAGUCCUCCACCGCCCUCCCCUCAACAAGUGGCGCGCAAUCCAAAUUCAAACAUAAAAAGAACGCAGUCUUCGCCAAAAAAGAAGAAAAAAGUGACGCGCCGUGAAUGCAAAAAAAGUUCUAAUAUGGAACGAAUAAAAAAUAAAAUUCAAAAUCGGAGCGACUGCUGUUGAAUUAAGUUAGUAAAAGUAAACUGUUCGUUACGUUUGACUUUAAAUUAAAUUGUGUUUUAAAAUUAAUUAGCAUCUGUCAGUGAACCCGUUCUUUGUUCUGAUUGGUUGUCGGUAUCUGUAGCGAUGUGCGUGUUCAGUAAUUUGCGAAUUAAGCUCGCGUGCUGAAUUAGGAGGUAUUAUGAAAUUUGGUGGAAACUCCAUAACGGAACCGGAGCCGGGCGUGACGUUAACUAAUUUAAGUUAGCAUUCUACGGACAAAAAAGAUGGUCCAUCCGACAGACACCCCUGCAGACUAGCUCCAGUCGCCGGCAGUGCAUAGUGCAAGUGUGGCGUACAUAGUGCGAGAUCGCGAGUGAUGCGUGUCAGUUGAUGACCGCAGCUCGAGAUGGGGUCGCGCGCGGCGAGGGGACGCCUCCUGUCCAUUCUGUUCAGCACGCUGCUCCUUGGCAGGGCCAUUGCUGUGCGCGGCGCGACGGAGGUGCGCGUGGAGCUGCAGCUGCAGCGCUGGGCGGCGCGCGGCGGCUCCGUGCGGCUGCGCUGCGUGCACGACGUGCCGCCGCCGCUGCUCGACACCGUGGUGUUCCUGCGCCACGGCGCCAAGCUGUUCCAGUACAUCCGCGGCCGCAAGCCGCCCUACCGCAACUUCACUAUACCCGGCGCCGUGCUCAAUAUCGCGCUGGCCACGGAGGACUCGAUCAUCCUGCAGAACCUGGACUUCGCGGCGAGCGGCGGCUACUCGUGCGAGGUGUCGCUCGCCACGCCCAUCUACACCAAGGCCUCCGUCGAGAAGCAGCUCACCGUCUUCCACCCCCAGAAGCACAACCCUCGCAUCGACUUCCCGACGCGCUCACUAAGCUCGGGCGAGGUGCUGCGCGCCAACUGCACCACCGCGCCCGCGCUGCCCGCGCCGCACGUCACCUGGUUCAUCAAUGGGGAGAAGAUGGACGAGGUAAAGGCGCAUACACACAAGUUCCGCGUGCCGCUGAGUGAGCGCAGCGCGCGGCGCGGGCUCCACGUUGCCGCCCCCGACCCAGGUCUUGCCGCCCCCGGUGUGGCCGCCCCCUCGCCCGCCUCGCUGCCUGCGUUGUCUCACGCCUCGUUCAUUGCCACGCGCCUGCCGGGGUGCAGCUUGAGGGAACACCAGAUAUCAGACAUGAGCAUAAACCAGCACACGCACUCGGACCACGGCGGGCGACACCGCAGCCGCAAGCCGGGCCGCCGGGACCUGUACAUCACGGUGUCGGAGCUGCAGCUCGUGGCCAGCGGGAGGCAGGAGAUCGUCUGCGUCAGCACCAUACCUGAGUUCAGGAACAUCGAUGACAAGUUCGCUGAUGUGCGGAAUGACACUGUCAUUGUGGACGUGAUCUCGCCGUCGACGUUUUCGCAGCCGGCUGCCAACCUGACGGCAGCAGAACCCAGCAGCUCCUCUGACUCUGGGCGCCUGGUACCCUCGAUCCUGGUCCCCUGCAUCCUGCACGUCAUGUUCCACCAUGUUGCCUGACACCGCGACUACUGUUACUAACAAAUAAAACGGGCUGUGAUAAAAAUAAAAUUAUGCGUUCACUCGACUAAUAUGACUAAGUAAUAUCGCUUCUAGUGUUAAGUUUAGAUGUAAGGACAUCGCGUUGUUCGACUUUUUGGUUUAAAUUUUAAAUGCUUGUUAACAAUUAAUAUUGAUAAAUUAAUAACGUCUUUACUCGUGGGACAUUGCAUUGUAGAUAUUCGCCAUUAAAACUGUUAAAAAUGUAUGUAUUGUAUUCAUAAGCGCGAUGUUCAUAAACGGAAAGCUUUUUUCCUAAGUUAAAUCUUUUUAUAAGCGAUUCUACAUAAAUCUACCUAGGUAUCUUAAUAAAAUUAUACCAUCUUAGUGCCUAGAAUAAUGUUAGAAAUUGGAAUCUACAAAACGAUACAUAUCACUGUGCCGUCAGCCCGACCUACUAUAAUACAUAUCAUUAGGUUAAUGUAUUUACUAAAGUAAAUUAAGUAUUAGUUCUAUCGGCAUUUUGUAAAUAAUAUACGAGUAUAUAAGUGUUCCUUCUUUAUUUGGGAUCAAGUAAAUAUAAUUGUUGCUAAGAUGAGAAAACCGACUUGUUUAUAUUAAUAUUAUAGUUAAAGAAUUUAACAACGACAACAUUUAAGUAACACCACUACUUCCUUCUCAUCAAUAUAAUCUUAACAUUUAGCAAAAAAAAUUAGAGACUGCCGAAUGUGUAAUGAUUUCAGGGCGUUUCAGAUUGUUUUAAACCCAAAAUUCCUGAAUUAAGUACAUCUUAAGAGCUACUUAGUUACAGAGUUUCGGUGAUUUAGAUAUUAUGUACAAAUUACAUUGUUUAAAGAUUAUUUACUCACGUUACAUUCUACUUUAAAUUUUAAAAGUAACUUAUAAAUACCUACUAAAAGAUUUUAUUGAAAAGAUAUAGUCAUUUUAUCAAAUUCAGAACUAAACCUAGUAGUGUAAAGAAAAAUAUUACUAGCAACUAAUAUAUGAUCAUCAUAUUGGAGUUUAUUCUAGAAAUAUAAACUUAGUGCAAUUCUUCCAGCUACUAAGAAUGCUAUCAACAGUACCUAACGCUUAACUGAAACAUAUCAAUUUAAUUGUGAUAGUCUUUAAGAAUAUAAGACUUAAGUCCUCCGUUAUACAUCUUCAAUGUUUAUAGUAAAACAACCUAUAUAAUAAACAGACCUUUUUCUCCCUAU